AUGGAGGGCUAUGCAAAAGUGGUGGACCUGAUGGCCACUCAUCAAGAGUUCGCGAUUACGCGGCGAUUCAGGGCACUAAACAUGCAAAAUGUGCUAUACCUCCAGGCUGAAAUUAUGCACCUGGACUACGUAGCAGCGUAUGUAUUUACGUUGGCAACUCGGGACGCUACUCACCCAGCACGUCAGUUUCAUUGCAAAGAUUGGUGGUCUCUGGCCAACGGCAGCGAGCAGGAGGAUCGUCAGCAAUGGGAAAAGAUCCUUGAAAUACGUCAAAAACUGGCGACCUAUAAUGCGACGGUCCUGCAGCAGGCCCAGAUGGCUAAGUUGGAUACUCCUUCGAAAUACGAUGUAGAAUUUCUACGUACCUGGUUCAAGCGGCCACUAAUGGGUGCCUUCCCUCUACUCGGCUUGGAUCAGACUGCCUGGGACGAGGACAAUCAGAAAGACCUCAUCGCAAUUAGAGCUCGAAAGUCACCUGACAUGUUCUCCAAAUGGUUUACGGAGGUCGUAGUUCCAACAUUCCAUCACCUCGUGGGAGAAAGGCUGAAGAAACACGACAGCGUCGAUCCAGGUAUCUAUGAAUACAACGAGAAACUCCUGGCAAAGAUCCUCUUUGGCAUCUCCACAGUCAUUGCCUCCAUGCUGCCAAUCUGCUCGAUCGUUGUUCUCUACUAUGUACAGUCGAGCCGUAUCCAGCUUGGACUUACAGUUCUAUUCUGUGCUUGCUUCUCGUCAGCUUUGGUCCUCAUGACGAAUGCCAAGAAAGUCGAGAUAUUCGCAGCGACUGCAGCUUUUGCUGCUGUUGAUGUGGUAUUCUUAACCAGCGAUAGCCAUUAUUCUGUUUGA